AUGUUUCAAAAGUUUGAGCAAGAACUAAUACAAAGUACAACAUGUUUCCCAGAGCUCAAAACAGAGGAUGCUUCUAAAGUUGUCUUUAAUGCGAGCGAAAGGAAAAAUUGGGAAACAAGAGUGGCAGAAGUCGUAUAUGUCAAAGAUUCUGACCACGCAUCGUGUAGCUGUAAAAGAUUUGAAUUUGUUGGAAUUAUUUGCAAGCACAUCCUAGCAUUGUUCAGAAGGGACCAGAUUGAAUAUAUGCCCGAUAAAUAUAUUUUGAAGAGGUGGAAGAAAACUGCGAAAUCUGGAUUGGUGUCAGAUGCAAAUGGCAACGAAAUUAAAGACUCUGCAGAUCCUGGUCUUUUAAUAAAGCGGAGUACAAUGUCUCGACUUGCUUCAGAUGUGGUUGAGGAUGCAUUAAUGGGUGAAGAAGGAUGUGAGCUACUGUCAGAGACUCUAAAAAGUUUGCAGGUGAAGUUGAAGUUGUUGAAGGAUGGACCAAGUAAUAAUGAAGUUGGAGGGUCCAGCUCUCAAACACAAUAUAUGAAAGACCCUAAGAGAGUGAGGACAUCACCAUCGAACAAUGACGAAUCAACUCCAAUAGAUCGUAGUGACCCAUUAUUCGACGAAUUUGACAGGAUGCACGGACCAACUGAAUGA